CAUGGCAUGGGUGAUCGCAACCACGUUUGAACCCAGGAUCCACUUCCCGCUAGCAUAUCAGAGCAUCCACUAGCCCCAGGAGCUCCUUCUCAUCUGCGUUAAGAUCCCACAUCAUACCCUGGCGCCGCUUGUCUGUCAAUUGAAGUCUUUCGUUUACUGCACCUUUCGACGACACGGAUCCGGACGUCGAUAUGUCACACAUCGAUGCUCUGAUGCCGCAUGUCAACCGCCUGUUCGCUCGAGGUGGCGGCUUCCACCCUCCUUCAGAAGUUCUCCUCAGCUGGCCUAAGCCGAACUACAUCAAUCCGGAGGAUCGAGGAUGGAGUUCAUCGAUCGUAUUGCUAGUGUUCCUGGGAAUUACCUUCCUGGUGUACAUUGCACGCAUGUGGGCACGACUAGGCCUUGGGAAGAACGCUGGACUUGACGAUGUACUUAUGAGUGUUGCGAUGAUACCACUCUUCGGUCUUACCAUAUCAGCUGUCCUUGCUAUCCGCAUAUAUGGAUUUCAAUGGCACGUGUGGGACCAGACAAAAGAGACUUUGGUCACUGCUAGACAGAUCACAAUGUCAAUUGAAAUCAACUACAUGAUCUGCACGACUCUAAUCAAGAUCUCGAUCCUCUGCUUCUACCGACGAAUCACUGCUUCGCUCACCAUCACCUUCGUGUACUGGGUUUGGGGAUCCAUCGCCUUUUGCGUCAUAUACGGCGUCACCUUUAUUUUCCUGAUUGCUCUCACUUGCACCCCAGCGCACGGCUUCUUCCAUAUCUUCGACAUUGCCUGGAGGUUCCAGAACGAGUUGACUUGCCGCGAUGAGGGAGCCGUCAUCGUGGCUGUUGCUGCUAUCAGCACCGUGCAGGACUUUAUCAUUGCUUUGCUUCCUGUCUUCCUCAUAUGGAAACUGCAGAUUCCCAGAACUCAGAAGCUCGCCCUGUGUGGUAUCUUCGGAUUGGGUCUUGUUACCUGUGUUUGCGGUAUUCUGCGCACGUAUUACGCAACAUACGUAUACUAUUAUACCUACGAUAUCACAUGGUACGCUUACUACGGCUGGAUUUGGACAGCUCUUGAGGCCGACUUAGCUGUGAUCUGUGCUUCUGCGCCGGCUCUCAAGAUCUUCUUCCGCUGCUACUUCAGCUUGACUAUAUCUCGUUCCGACUACGCGAAAUCCGGCAGUGGUAGUCGUAAGACAUCUGCGCCUCUCUCGUCGACAGCGAAAUCGCGUGGCAAAGGGUCCACGUUCUCGGCAUCUCGAAUCACAGCUGGUGGAACAUAUGACGACGAAGUGCCUAUGAAUAGCAUCAAAGUCAGUCAGGGGCUAGAUGUCCACAUCGACGAGAGGGACGAUGUGUCGCAAAAGAGUUUUGCUAGCACAGGGAACCUCACUGCUCUGCCCAUGCCACAAGAAAGUGGAUGGCAAGGCCCAAGUCAGUGGAUACAAGGCUGUCGCACGGUGUGUGCAGCUCUGCGACCCUCAAGCCGGGGGAGCUCACAAACAAGAAGUUUCGAGAGGGAUGUUGAAAUUGGCGCAGCAAGAUGACGAAAUUCCUCUAUAAAAUCUUCAGCACACACGUCUAGUAAUACAUCCAUUCACCGACUCGCUACAAAAAGGCACGACACAACUCCUUCAUCGCAUGAGCUACUCGGCUCCACGUCACAUGUUCAGACAACCAAGCGAAUCGAAUCGCUUCAUCACACUCGGGAUGCCGGACCUCAGUGCCAUCGGUAUCAAAUUC